AAUCCCGCCCAGGUUUACGCUCGUUUACGGAGACUGUCAGAACCAAGCAGGCUUGGUCAGGUGUGCUAGGGAAGAGUAUUGUGGAAUAAACUUUACUUUUUCCUUUCCUUUUUUUUUUAAAUAGUAUUUUUUAGAUUUUGGUGGACACAUAAAGACGGCGCGACGCCAUGUUCAGACGGAUAUUGCAGAUGACGCCUGGGAAAGGCAGCUCCCAGGGAGCGGAUGCUGACCAACAGGCCGCUGACGUCAACAGCGAGUCCUCCGAGGGCUUCAUCUGCCCCCAGUGCAUGAAGUCUCACAACUCAGCUGAGGAGCUGUUUAAGCACUAUGAGCUGUUCCACGAGGUGGGGGAUCAGAUGCCAAGUCAGGGGCCUGCUAGGGAGGAUCUCACUCUGCUGAGACAGGAAGUGCAGGACCUGCAUGCCUCCCUCAAGGAAGAGAAAUGGUUUUCUGGAGAGCUGAAGAAAGAGCUGGACAAGGUUCAAGGGCAGCUCAAGCAAAACGUGCAGAACGAUGGCCAAGCCAGCAUUGAUGAAUCGGAACUGGAGAUGAAGCUUCAUGAGGCCGAGACCGAGAAGUUCAACAUCAAGCAGAUGAAGGAUCUGUUCGAGCAGAAGGCUGCCCAGCUGGCCACCGAGAUAGUAGACGUCAAGUCCCGCUACGAUGAGGAGAAGAGCCUGCGGGAAGCAGCAGAGCAGCAGGGCGCCCGGCUCGCCCAGGACCUGCAGCGGGAGAAGCAGGAGAAGGAGGACCUGCACACAGAGCUGCUGCAGCGGCCCGGCGUGGAGGACGUGGCCGUCCUGAAAAGGGAGCUGAUCCAGGUGCAGACCCUCAUGGACAACAUGACCCGUGAGCGCGAGGAGGAGUCCGAGAAGCUCAAGAGGCAGUUUGCGCAGCUGCAGGCCGACCACAGCGCUUCCCAGACGACCAUAUCACAGCUGCGUGCGGAGCUGGAGAAGGGGCCCCAAGAGGCAGCGGUGUACAGCCAGCAAAUCCACCAGCUACAGCAGCAGAGUCAGAGCCUGUCGCAGAAGCUGGCCCACAAGGAGCAGGAGUGCCGGGAGAUGGAGGAGAGCCUGGACGGCGAGCGCUCCGCCAGGAAGGCGGCACAGGCCAGCCUGCAGCAGAGAGAGCUGGAGCUUCAGCAGGCCCAGGCGCAAGCCCAGGCAUCGCAGGCCGCGCUGCAGAGAGCGCAGACUGAGGCAGGAGAGAAGGGCCAGGCGGGCAGCCGGCUCAGGCAGGAGCUGGCUGAGUUGGAGGUGCAGCAUCAGCAGCUGAAGGUGGAGAACAAGCAGCUACAGCAGCAGAAGGAGCAGCGCGAGCAGCAGAAUCUGCAGCAGCAGAGCGAGAUCAAGCAGCUACAUAGCCGGCUGCUGGAGGCAGAGAGGCAGCUGGGGGAGGUCCAAGGCCGGCUGAAGGAGCAGAGGCAGCUGUCUGGGGAGAAGCUGAAGGAUCGAGAGCAGCAAGUAGCCGAUUUGCAGCUCAAACUGUCCCGGGCCGAAGAGAAGGUGAAGGAGGUUGAGGGCAAGUCUGCGGACCUGCAGCACCAGCUGGAGAAGGCACGGCAGCAACACCAGGAGACCCAGAACCUUCAACAGACCACUACGGGGAAGCUGAGGGAGGCACAGAAUGACCUGGAGCAGGUGUUGCGCCAGAUUGGAGACAAAGACCAGAAGAUCCAGAACCUGGAGGCACUUCUGCAGAAGAGCAAGGACAGCGUGGGUCAGCUGGAGGCCGAGCGGGAGGACCUGUGUGCCAAGAUCCAGGCUGGGGAGGGCGAGACCGCUGUUCUCAACCAGCUGCAGGAGAAGAGCCAUGCUCUACAGGAGCAGGUCACGCAGCUGACAGACAAGCUGAAGAACCAGUCGGAGAGUCACAAGCAGGCCCAGGAGAAUCUCCAUGAGCAAGUGCAGGAGCAGAAGACCCACCUCCGCACAGCGCAAGACCGCUGCUCGGCGCUGGAGAGAUCCAACGCGGAACUGUCUGCCCAGCUGAGUGAGACCAAGGAGAGGCUGGCCCAGAUGGACACUCAGCUCAAGGCCAAGACUGAGAUGCUGCUGUCCGCCGAGGCUUCCAAAAGUGCUCAGAGGGCAGACCUGCAAAACCAUUUGGAGACGGCUCAGCAUGCUUUGCAGGAUAAGCAGCAGGAGCUUCUGAAGAGUCAAGCCCAGGUGGAGGAGCUCAAGACUCGGCUGCAGCAGAAGCAGGAGCAGUGUGGACAGCUAGAGACCAACCUGAAGGAGAGCCGAGACAAGCUGCUAACAUCAGAGCAGAGCACAGAGCAGCUUGAGGGUCGCAUCAAGAAAGUGGAUGCUGAAGUGCAGGAACUACGGGUGGCCCGAGAUCAGGCCCAGUCAAACCUGCAGCAGCUCCAGCAACGUAGCACCGAGGCUGAUGGGAAAAUCAAAGAGCUUGGCCAACUGCUAGCUGUGGAGAAGGAGAGGGUCUCGACGCUCCAGGAGGACCUAAAGAAGACGGGCACCGCUUUGGAGUCCUCGCGGCAGCAGCUGCAGCAGCGGGAGGGGGAGAAGACUGUCCUGCAGCAGGGGUUCGAUCGGCUGACCCAGGAGAUGCAGGCACAGAAGCUGGAGAUGGAGAAGAAAGCCCAGGGCCUGGCCAGCAGCCUGCAGAAGGCCCAGCAGGAGCAGGAUGCCCUGGCUAAGGAGCUGUCUACCACCAAGGAUAGCCUGAACAAGGCUACCCAGGCACUGAAGGAGGUCCAGGCACAGCUGGACUCUGAGAAGAAGAGAGCCAAAGCUGCCCUGGAGGAGCAGGGGAAGUCUCACCAGCAGAGCAGGUCUGAUUUGCAGAGGAAGAUGGAGGCUGUGGCCAAGGAAGUGGCAGAGGUCAAGGGUCAGCUGCUGCAGAAGGAGGAGGCAGAGAAAGGGCUGAAGGCACAGCUGACUGCCCUGACUGCGCAGCUGGCGCAGACCCAGGCCACUCUGAAGCAGGAGGAGGCAUCUGCGCAGAAGCUGCGGGAAGACCUGAAGAGCAGCCAGGCCUCCCUGCGUCAGGAGGUGCAGGGUGCGGAGAGCCGGUUGGCCGAGCUCAAGGAGCAGCACACCCAGCAGCGGGAGCAGGAGGCGAGAAUGAAGGAGCAGCUGUCUGCCGGGAGCCAGGCCCUGGAGGCAGUGAGGAGCCAGAAGGCAGAGUUGCAGAGGAACCACGAGAGUGUCAAGGAGAGCCUGGCGCAGCUGCAGUCUGACUGCUAUGGCAAGGAGUCUGAGCUGCUGGCCCUGCAGCAGGACCUGAAGGCCUCUCAGGACAAGAUGGUUUUGACCCAGGAGGAGCUGCUGUCCAGUCAGAACCAGCUGACCCGGCAAGAAGAGCGGAUCCAGGAGCUGGUCGCUGCCCGCAAGUCGCUGGAGCAGGAGGUGGCCAAGAGGCAAGAGAAGAUCACACAGCAGGGGGAGGUGCUGGAGAAGCUGCAGCAGCAGCAGGCGGCCAUGAGACAGGAGCUGGAGAAGGAAAGGGCCAAGGUUGAAGAGCUGAGUGAGGUCAAGAGCCGACUGGAGAAGAAUGUGAAGCAGAUCAGCACGGACCUGAAGACCAGCGGAGAACGCUGGGAGAAGGAGGUCUCAGAGCUGCGGGAGGCCAAACAGCUUCUGAUCCAGCAGAAACUGGAGAUGCAGGGGCGGGUCGAGAGACAGCAGGCCGCGCUGGAGAAGGAAAAGCAGGCACAGCAGGCCACGCGGGACAGCAUCCAGCAGCACAAGCAGGAGAUGAAAGCGGAGAGGGACAAGAUGGAGGCUCAGCUGGCGGUGGAGCAGAAGGCGAAGGUAGAGCUGACGAAGCGCCAUGAGGAGGUGGAGUCCAAGCAGGCGCUGCAGAUUGCGGCGCUGAACGAGAACAUGUCGACGCUGAAACGAGAAUGGCAAAGCAGCCAGCGGCGUGUCGGUGAGCUGGAGAAGCAGACAGACGAACUGCGGGGCGACAUCGCAGUGUUGGAGGCCACUGUGCAGAAUAACCAGGACGAGCGUCGUGCUCUGCUGGAGAGGUGUCUAAAGGGCGAGGGGGAACUGGAGAAGUUGCAGGGCAAGGUGGUGGAGAUGCGUCACAAGCUGGAUGACACCACUGCAGCCAUGCAGGAGUUGGGAAGGGAGAACCAGUCUUUACAGAUUAAACAGUCGCAGACGCUAACCCGGAAGUGGACAGAGGACCACGAGGUGCAGAACUGCAUGGCCUGCGGGAAGGGCUUCUCCGUGACCGUCAGGAAGCAUCACUGCCGGCACUGUGGAAACAUCUUCUGUGCAGAGUGCUCAUCCCGCAACGCACUGACGCCGUCAUCUAAGAAGCCAGUGCGUGUGUGCGACAUCUGCUUUGAGGAGCUGCAGGGCUGACAGCCCCCCUCCCCCAACACCCCCCUGUCAGUCCCCCCCUCCCCCCGCCCACGCACCCAGUCCACCGCUCUUCACACUCGUAUGUUCUUAGGCAACUCCUCUCUAUCGCAUCUGCACGAGGGCACUGCGGCUCUCUCUGCCCAAGAGGUUGGCAGUAGAUCGCAGGACUCCGAGAAGGACUUCCAGGGCUGUGUCACAGGGGGGCACAGAGGAGGUUUGCGGUGGGAAUGUCAGAGUGUCCGAUCUGAUCUGUAUAGUGCCUUUCACUUCGAACGGGACACCGUCCGUCCACACUGCCAUGACAUACAUCUGCCAUGAUAAUGCUAUGCUACAGUUUUUUUUGGGUAGGCGAUUAAAAAGUGGCCGCAUUAAAAAGCCGUGCAUUUCAAUUUCAGAGAGAUUCUGCGACAGGGAACGUGAUGCGAGGAACUGCGUAAAGGGAACUCCUGCCGUCUCACCAGACGUUCAGGAGGAAGGCAUAGACAGCCGUUAUUUACUUAAGAACCAAAGAUGAUGAUCUUUCUUUUCAGGCCUGUUGCGCACACACAAACACACACACAUGCACGCAGUUUCCUGCUUGUGCAGGAGUUCUCCUGCAACUGAGGCUCAAUAGGCCAGUGUUUUAAGAUGGUUCAGUAUUUUUAUGAAACACGGUGAUUCGUCUGCAGAAUGGGCUUGCCGGAGCAGUUGUAUUUUUAUGGAACUUUCCAUUUUGCUGCAAUCAGGUUGUGAUGGUGUCGUGCGGAACACAGCGGCUGGGAAUUAACUGGUUUGAAAUUUUGCUGCUUGUUUGAACAAAGUAUACUCCAUUUGCCAUGGACACAGUUUGGCCUCCUCAGGAAGGCAGUGAUCUUAGGUUGCUGGAACUGGUGUGCUAAGCGGGCAUGAUCGGCCAGGUCACAUGAGUGCUGCUGGCCCAUCCAUUGGUUGUCCUAGAGCUCCAUUUGGAAUGCAGUGCACCUCAAACCUUAUGGUUUCCGGUUAAGCCUUUUAACAGUGUUGCAAACACCGCGGCGUUUCCAUGCACUCAGGCCCGUAAGCUCUCUCAGCCCCCUGAGUAUUACGGUAAUAUACUGGGUCGGCUGAGAGCAUCAUGAGAUCUAAGCCCAGUCCAUGCUGAGGCUGAUGGAACCUGGAGUCCCGAAGGUUCGAUUCCUCGAACUCCCCUUAGAACACCUGGUCUGGACCCGACGCCCACACGGACCACUGUAGCAGGAGGGGAACGCCAAAGCUGAUUUCACAGAUCAUCUCCAGGACAGUGGUGUUGGCCACUCAGAGCCUGCCUCCUGCCCUCAGGAGGAGAGCCACUGCUGGUGCCAAGGCCGCCUGCUUCCUGCCCCGAGGCCGAGGCCGUGUGCCUGGACGCCCCACGUCUUAACACGUGUCUGCAUUACCUUUUUAAGUCACCUGCAACCAAUGUUUAAUAUUGUGGAAAGAAAAGUGUAAUUGCUUUAAUUUCUGUACAAAAAGGACAUCUACUAAUGUAAGAUAUUAAAAAAAAAAAAAAGUGACUGCAAAUUUAAGACACUAUUUCUGGUCUCGUAUAUUUUAUUUAAACAGCGCGACACUACACGUAACUGGAUGGGUUUGAUUUCAUGCCAGUCACGCUUGCGGGUCAUGUGGGUGUCCAACCGUCCGUUUCUUGGCAUUCAUUUUCGCCAGGGGGCGCUGUUCCUCUAGGGCUCUGUUACAGGGUUACACUGAUGUUACCAGGAGAUGUAAUGCAAGCCCAGAGGUACUAGUCAUUUUCCGAGUUUGCCAUUGUGCUUUCAUACCGAAUAAAAUGUAUGUUUCAGUU